UUAUACGGUGUUAAGUUUAAAGAGUUAUUGCUACUACAAGUCUGCCCAUUUUACAUGGACACGGCGUUUGAGUAGUUGUCGUCAGAAAACAAUCCUGAAUAUCUAUGAUCUAUAACUGCCCAGCACGCUGGCUAAUCAGAUGUCGUCGAUUAAUCAACAACAACAUAGAAAAAGUGUUUUUGUUCAAGGAACAGAAAGUGACGGGGGUGUAACUGUAUCAAAACAACCCCACAAACGCCGACGCAUCCUCGCCGCUUCCUCCUUCACAACAGUACCUGUUUACUCCAACAAGGUUAACAGCUCCUUAAAUCUGAAGCCAAUAACCUUCAAACACACCACUCUCACAGAUGAGGAAAAAGGUGGUCCCCUGUGGUCUCCUUCCCCUCCUCGUACAGAGAGACGGCCAAUCAGCAUUGAUCUGAGUGGCUCAGAGGAGGAGCCAGAACAGACUGAAGCUCAGCAGAUCCUCCGUUCCCCCUCUCCACCCCCUCCACCAUGUAGUCCACCAGUGAAACGGAGCAGACGGGCAAACCCAAAAAUACAAGAAAUCAACAGGAAGUUGGAUGCGAUUGGCUCUCUGGUGUGUCUCUCGCCUGAGCCUCAGGAGCCUGUGGUUGAAUACAGAAACUCUCCAUCUCCUGUGAAUGACUCUGAUGAUGACGAUGAUGACAUCAUCAUAAUUUCUUCUGGCAGCAAAAAGAAACGACGUCCCCAAAAUACUGAGGACAGAGACUCUGGGCGAGAAAUUUCACUAAAAUUUCGCUGUCGGACAGAGUUGUACAAAAUCCCAUUACUGUCGACGGCUCCGUUGAGUAAAGCUGUGGAACAGUUGGCCAGCAAACUCAAUGUCCGACCCAGCCAAAUUCUGUUGUUGAAGAAAGAUAUUGAUCUCCCUGUUCACUCGUCCGUCAGCGAGCUGGGUCUCGGCAUAGCUGACAUUAUAGCUGCAGUGAUGUCAGGGACAGAUGUUUCUUCAGACACCACACCCUUCUUCUCAGAUGAUAAUGAGGGGGAGGGGCCUACUUGCAAUGGGGUGGGAUCACCUCAGCCCGAGGAGGAGGAGUCUGCCAGUGGAGUGUCUGAUAAGAGGGCUAAACUGACUGUGGCUGUACUCUGCUACAUCAACCUGCUGAACUAUAUGGACCGAUUCACUGUGGCAGGUGUACUUCCAGAUAUUGAGCUUUUCUUCAGAAUUGGUGAUGGAACAUCAGGACUACUUCAGACAGUCUUCAUCUGCAGUUACAUGUUCUUGGCUCCUCUGUUUGGAUACCUGGGCGACAGGUAUAACAGGAAGCUGAUCAUGUGUGUGGGAAUUUUUUUCUGGUCCGUAGUGACGUUAGCCAGUUCCUUCAUUGGAAAAGACCAUUUCUGGGCGUUGUUGUUGACGCGAGGGCUGGUGGGUGUUGGGGAGGCCAGUUACUCCACCAUUGCUCCCACCAUCAUCGCUGACCUGUUCAUCAAAGAGAAGAGGACCAACAUGCUGUCCAUUUUCUACUUUGCAAUUCCAGUGGGCAGUGGUCUGGGUUACAUCGUGGGCUCGAAGGUGGAUGAUGUGGCUGGGGAUUGGCACUGGGCUCUUCGGGUGACUCCGGGUCUGGGGCUGCUGGCCGUGAUCCUCUUGUUGUUUGUAGUUCAGGAGCCAAAGCGGGGUGCGAUCGAAGCUCAUCCAGAGCACACACUGCACAGAACCAGCUGGCUGGCAGACAUAAAAGCACUUUGCAGGAAUCCAAGUUUUGUUCUGUCCACAUUUGGCUUCACAACUGUGGCCUUUGUGACAGGAUCGCUGGCCCUGUGGGCCCCUGCCUUUUUAUUCAGAGCGGGCGUCUUCACUGGAGAGAAGCAGCCGUGUUUAAAAGCCCCCUGUGACAACUCUGACAGUCUGAUUUUUGGCAUCAUCACAGUUGUGACGGGCAUCCUGGGUGUAGCGAGUGGUGUGCAGGCGAGCAAGAAGCUGAGGAUCAAAACCCCUCGAGCUGAUCCGCUAGUCUGUGCUGCAGGACUCCUCCUCGCUGCUCCCUUUCUCUAUCUGUCCAUCGUUUUUGCUCAGGCUAGCACUGCGGCCACAUAUGUCUUUAUCUUCCUGGGUGAAACAUUCCUGUCUAUGAAUUGGGCCAUUGUUGCUGAUAUCCUUCUGUAUGUUGUGAUUCCCACACGGCGCUCCACAGCGGAAGCCUUUCAGAUUGUACUCUCGCACUUGCUGGGCGACGCUAUUAGCCCUUACCUCAUAGGAGUGGUGUCAGACUCAAUAAAGAAAUCGGACUCGUACAUGUGGGAGUUUCGUUCACUUCAGAUGUCACUGCUGCUGUGCUCCUUUGUGGCUGUGGGGGGCGGAGCUUUCUUCCUGGCCACGGCCAUCUUCAUCGAGAAAGACCGGCAUCUGGCAGAGAACUACAUGCCCUCUGAUGACGCACCAAUUGUUGUUCCAAAGAGAGGGGGCUCCACUAAAGUAUUAGUGUCAAGUGUUUUAAUUUGAGAUGACGCAAGGAUUUGGAUUGUUCUCAACACGGGGCACAACGCUGGCCUAUAGGCAGACAGAGCCAGUGCCAUCAGCAGCCAAUCCUGGAGCACUAAUCACUGAUUGGACUAUCUCCACAAUAGGGAGUUUUAUAGUAAUUUAUUAUGCUUAUAUUUUUGUUUAUAUCCUUAACAGCGAUAUUGAUUUGGGAACAUUUUGAACUAACAAAAAUAUGAGAAACGUCUUACCUGGAAGGCUUGUGUCUGUGCCGUUUACCCGAGCGAGUCCUGUGGGAGGAGACAGAGGCACACGUGAAGAGAACGUUAUAUGUUGAGGACAUUUCUUUGAUUUUAAUUGAAACUCAUCGAGCUGCGUUUUAGAAUUCAUGUCAAUUAUAUUUGAGAUGUUUUUAUUGGAGGGCAUAUCAAGUGAUUUUUCAGGUUCUUAAGUCCAUUAACUAAAACCAAGUUACUUUCAAGUUGCAUUUGUUUUCAUCAGACCUGGACUGUGACUGAAAACUAGCAGAAUCAGACUGAUCUGUCUGUGAUCUGCCUUCAGUCUUUCCUCCUGUUUUAAUGUUUUUUCUUCUAUGCUAACAUUUCAGCUUUUAGUCUUUUAAGAAGUACACUGAGACACUAAUGCUACCAUGGCAUGAAUCAAGUAUUAAUUCAUUUUGAUUAUAUGUUUUGUUAUAUAUAUAUUUGUACAUCAAGGGCCUGGUUCAUGGCAUGUUUUACUGUGCCAUUUUAACUGUAAGAAACUUUAAUU